ACCUCACUGCAGAAGCUUAUAUAUAGACAUCUAAGUUUUCUGUGCCCCACCACUUUUGUACAUAUAGAAACGCCACUGAGCAGGAGUAACAGUGACUCAGAUGCUACACUGGAACACAGAGCUCCUGUUCUUUGCAUCCUGUGUCAUCGCUCUCUUGAUAUCUUACACACAAGAUAAUAAUAAGACUUACAAUGACAUUUCUAUUUUGUUUUAAGUUAUCAGUUCAAUUAGUACAGCUAGUAAGCUGAGGUGUGUCGUUUCAUAGAACUCCUGGUCACCUUUAAAAUCACCCCAGUACGAUGAGGACAGAAGCCUCCAAUAAACACAGACCAGUGACAUUAUCAAGUGGCUCCAUAUAUUUUAGCAUGCAUGUGUUAACUCCAACUACACUUAACAAAAUGUGUUUGUGUCUCUAGCUGAGCGAGGGCAUGCCGCUGCGCUCUGGGGAGAGGCUGAAGUACAGAACCAAUGGUUUCUUUGCCAUGGUGGUGAGUUGUGUGGCAGUAGCAGCAGCGGUGCAGCAAGGUGCUGACCUCACAUACAUCCACAGCCACUUCCUGCAGCUGGCUGUGGCCUCCUUCCUGAUCUCCGUCCUGCUCAGCAGCUACCUUUACGUCCGCUCUGGGCGUGCUGCUGCAGAGCAGCUGGCACUGGGCGGCAGCUCUGGAAAUGUGGCUUAUGACUUUUUCAAAGGACGUGAGCUCAAUCCACGAAUCAAAUACUUUGAUCUAAAAUUCUUCUGCGAGAUGCGCCCUGGUCUGAUUGGCUGGUGUCUGAUCAACUUUGCGCUGGCGCUGGCGGAGAUGAAACGGCAGGGUCUGGAGGCUCCCUCUCACGCCAUGAUCCUGGUAAACCUCUUCCAGCUGCUCUACGUGGCCGAUGGCCUCUGGAACGAGGAGGCCAUCCUGACCACCAUGGACCUAAUGCACGAUGGUUUUGGCUUCAUGUUGGCGUUUGGAGAUCUGGUGUGGGUGCCCUUCACUUACACCCUGCAGGCUUACUACCUGGUGAGCCGGCCCACCCCGCUGAAUCCCCCUGCCCUCGCUGCCAUUGUCACACUUAAACUUAUUGGAUUCUACAUCUUUAGAAAGUCCAACUCUGUGAAGAACGCCUUCAGGAGAAACCCAUCAGACCCCCAACUUUCCCACCUGAAGACCAUCCCCACAGCUACAGGGAGGAGUCUGCUGGUGUCUGGGUGGUGGGGGGUGGUGCGCCACCCUAACUACCUGGGGGACCUGCUGAUGGCUCUGGCCUGGUCCCUGCCCUGUGCAGAAAGGGCUGACGACGGUCAGCCAGCCGCAUACGAGAGCGCCCUGCGAGAGCGGGACAGACUCAACGUACGCAGUUCCUCCCCUCCUGAGGCCGUCUGGGGGUCGGAUGCCGCACACGUUCCCGACAAUAAUCGCCUGUGCUGCCAGCACACGUAUGCACGACGCGCCGAGCCUUGCAAGUUGGAAGAGACGAGGCAGCCGCUCUGCGGACCCGCGGACGGGUGGAUGACUGUGGUUGGUGACGAGGGUCUGGGGCCAGGGGCGCGAGCGAGAGAAGAUGGCACAAGAGUGUACGUGUUCGUUGACCGCACUGUAGGUUACACAUUCUUCGGCCCUGAGAGCCAAUAUGUCGCAGAAGCCAGAAAGAAUGGCUCCGCUCUUGUAUAG